ACUGUUAAAGAAACACUCUGGAGCUCUAAGAUAUUUAAAACCAGACCGAUAACCGUGUGGAAUAGCAGAGAAAGUUUGUUCUCCAACACAUCCUCUGUAGCUAGCAGUUCACCCUGAGCAGAGGCUGCAGAUACCGGCGACUCUUAACCUUCCCCACAGUGAUGGCAUGGUGUGCAGCCACAGUCUCCAUGGCGUCCCCGGUGUGUCUGGUUGAUAACGGGCCUGACGGGUGCAUGCGUGUCCAGCAGGAGGCGCUGCAGAUGGCAGUCUCCAUGGCGUCCCCGGUGUGUCUGGUUGAUAACGGGCCUGACGGGUGCAUGCGUGUCCAGCAGGAGGCGCUGCAGGUGCUGGAGCAGAUCCAGCAGCCGGUGGUGGUGGUGGCCGUGGUGGGGCUCUACCGCACGGGCAAGUCCUACCUCAUGAACCGGCUGGCCGGCAAACACACAGGGUUUGCUCUGGGCAGCACCAUCGAGUCCAAAACCAAAGGAAUCUGGAUGUGGUGUGUACCUCACCCCUCUAAACCAGGUCACACUCUUGUCUUGCUGGACACAGAGGGACUGGGAGAUGUAGACAAGGGAGACUCCAAGCAUGACACACAGAUCUUCUCUCUGGCCGUCCUGCUAAGCAGCACUCUGGUUUACAACAGCAGAGGAACCAUCGACAAUAGGGCUGUGGAGGAGUUGCAAUAUGUAACAGAGUUGGCUGAGUACAUCAAAGUGAAGUCAUCUGAUGAAGAUGGAGACGAUUCCGAGUUUGUCAAGUUCUUCCCCAGCUUCAUCUGGGCCGUGAGGGACUUCACUCUUGAGAGGAAGAUCGACGACAAGGAUGCGACAGAGGAUGAAUACUUGGACUUUGCCCUGAAGCUGAAACCUGGUAGCUCUAAAAAGAUAAAUGACUACAACCUUCCUCGGGAAUGCAUCCGGAAGUACUUCCCAUCCCGGAAGUGUUUCACCUUCCCAUUCCCCAGCCGCCCGGAGGACGUGAAGCGUCUGGAGAGCUUGACCCAGUCGGAGAUGGCCCCAGAGUUCCUAGAGGUCGCGGAGUGCUUCUGCACCUUCGUCUUCAAUCAGAGCCCUGUGAAGCAGCUGAAGGAUGGACACACUGUCGACGGCAGGAUCCUGAGACACCUGGUGAAGAUGUACGUGGAGACCUUGUCCAGCGGAGGUGUGCCCUGCUUGGAGAACGCAGUGGUUGCCAUGGCGCAGAUUGAGAAUGAGGCUGCUGUGAAGGAGGGUCUGGAGGUUUACGAGAGCGGCAUGGUGCAGCUGAGAGCCAAGUUCCCCGUGGACCUGCCUGACUUGACCUCUGCACACCAGCGCCUCAACACCCUGGCAACAGAGGUCUUCAUCAAGCGCUCCUUCAAGGACGACGGGAAGCACAUGAAGUCUCUGGAGGAGGCUGUCAACAAGCUGUUCAGUGGAUUCCUGCACCAGAAUGAGGAGGCCUCGGUCCUGAAAUGCCAGGAGGUCCUCACAGGACUCUCUGCUCCACUGAGGGAAAAACUCCAGCAGGGAUUCUACAUGAAACCCGGAGGAUACCAGCUCUACAGCCAGGACCUGGAGGACAUUGUGAAGAAAUACAAAAGCCAGAGCCACCUGGGAGUCAAGGCUGAAAAUGUGUUGAAGGACUUUCUGAAGCAGAGGAAGGAGGAGUCCUCAGCCAUCCUGCAUGCUGACAAGAGUCUUAGCGCCAGGGACAAACAGAUCUGUGAGGAGCGUGAGCGAGCCGUGAUGCUGCAGCAGGAGGUGAAGGUUAACGAGGAGCGUCAGCGUCAGCUGGAGGAGCGCAUGGUUGCGGAGCAGAGGAGCAACGAGGAGCGCAUGCGACAGGUGAAGGAGAAGAUGGAGCAGGAGAUGAGGCAGCAGCAGGAGGAGGCUCGACGCGCCACAGAGAGCCAGCUGCGUGAGCAGUCUCUCCUGCUGGAGAAGGGCUUCCAGGAGAAGGCCGACAGGUUGGGGCAGGAGAUGCGAGAGGCCCAGCGGAGAGCAGAGGAGUCAGAGAAGAGCAGGAGCCAGGAGUUCACCCGCCUGCUGGAGCAGCAGGACCGCCGCCACAGCGAGACCAUGGCCAUGAUGAGGGAGCAGAACCAGGCCAUCCUGAAUUCAGGAGGAGGAGGAGGAGGAGGAGACUGCUGCAUCCUGUGACCACCAGUCACCAGCAUAUCACAUCUCCCAGCUUCCAAACCCUGUCUGUUGUCCUGUCUGUUGUCCUGUCUGUAACUGUGUACAUGUGUCUGUUGUCCUGUCUGUAACUGUGUACAUGUGUCUGUUGUUGCUGUUUAGUCAUUUGCUGCUGGUGAUUGGUAUGUUUCUGCUGUUGGUGGUCUCAUACUGUAAUUGGAAAAUCAACUCAAAUCUACAAAAAAGCCCAGCAAAGACUCUUCCAUCUCCGACAGCUCCAUAAGGUCAGAGUAAUAAGGUCCCAUCUCCAACAGCUCCAUAAGGUCAGAGUAAUAAGGUCCCAUCUCCUGACAGCUCCAUAAGGUCAGAGUAAUAAGGUCCCAUCUCCUGCUCUGCUCCAUAAGGUCAGAGUAAUAAGGUCCCAUCUCCUGCUCUGCUCCAUAAGGUCAGAGUAAUAAGGUCCCAUCUCCUGCUCUGCUCCAUAAGGUCAGAGUAGUAAGGUCCCAUCUCCAACAGCUCCAUAAGGUCAGAGUAAUAAGGUCCCAUCUCCAUCUCCGACAGCUCCAGAAGUUCAGAGUAAUAAGGUCCCAUCUCCGACAGCUCCAUAAGGUCAGAGUAAUAAGGUCCCAUCUCCUGACAGCUCCAUAAGGUCAGAGUAAUAAGGUCCCAUCUCCUGACAGCUCCAUAAGGUCAGAGUAAUAAGGUCCCAUCUCCUGACAGCUCCAUAAGGUCAGAGUAAUAAGGUCCCAUCUCCUGACAGCUCCAUAAGGUCAGAGUAAUAAGGUCCCAUCUCCAGCUCCAUAAGGUCAGAGUAAUAAGGUCCCAUCUCCUGCUCUGCUCCAUAAGGUCAGAGUAAUAAGGUCCCAUCUCCUGCUCUGCUUCUGCACAGCCACCAUUGAGAGCAUCCUCUCCUCAUCCAUCACAGUCUGGUUUGGCAGUCUUGACGCACUCUCCCGGAGGAAACUUCAGCGCAUCAUCAACAGAGCAUCCAAAGUCAUUGGUUCACCCCUACCAUCUCUUGAAUCACUCUACCACAAACGGACACUACGCAGGGCACACAAGAUCAGCUUUAACAUCACCCACCCUGCACACCAGUGACGUGCGGUCAGGGUAGGCAGGCCCUGAGUAAAUUUCAUUUUAAAAAUAAGGACGACACGUAUUUUUUUAAAAUAUUAUUAAAAGCUCACACUGAAGUCACAAACAAUACAAUUAGAAUGCAAUUUCAAUUCUAAAAAGUAAAUGUACGUCUUAUUUAAGGUCAAAAACUCAAACGUGAAGGCUUACGCAAACAGCGAUUCACAACACUGAACUACGCAGCAAAGCAAACAUGCCUGGUUACCGUGGGAACGCCCAAGCAAGCAGUCCCAAAGCUUGCUUUGAUUCCAAAGGCCAGGGUAGGCUUUGAAGGUCUCUGCCUAUCCUCACCAUUCAUUUCAAUGCUGCGAAUUUCGGAGGUUGCGCAUGCGUAUUACAUGAUUCAUGCGAAAGUUUAUGGGGAGAAUAAGCAUGCUUAUUCCCGCCAAGCGCUGCCUUUCGAACGCAGAUAAGCCAAUGGCAGUCCGGCCUCAACGGGACUCGGGACAUCAGCUCGGACAACUCCAGAUAUGAAACAGCAGGGAGGAGGUAGCCUACAAUUACAAAUUAAUGGUGGAUUUAUGUAGUUUAGCUAAUUAAAAACCCAGACGGAUAACCAUGGUCAACCAAGUACACCGAGAGGCUAGAAAACGAGGUUAUAUUUCAUCAAGAGUAGCCUACAAGAUGUCUCACGUUUGCAGCAGGUCUACUAGAAGCCAACAACGCACCAGGUAUUCACUAGCCUAUCCAGCAUGUCACAGGCAGAAAAAAAAGUUUGGGUCUCAGUUAAAACGAUUUCCCCCCUCUUAAUCCCCCAUAAAUACCAGUAGGUCUAGUGAGGAAAAUUAGCUUAGGCUAUUUGUUAUUAAAAUAUGAUGAGGAGGACCCCGACGAAUUUUCUUCCUUAUUUCCUUCUCAAACUACGUUGAAACUGCAUCUUUAACAGCCCAAUUUUCAAAAUUUCCCCCGGACCCCCGCAGGGUAAAAAAAAAAAAAAAGUUUUUUAAAAAUGCACACCUAGUGACGCCUCUGAAUCUGUAAAAUGACUAAGUAGGAGGAGUAUUACCAUGAAAAUAUAGUAAUAUUUGCGAGUGUAUGGAUGGAAUUUACACAUGUGAAUGGUCACUGCCUACCCUGCCACAGACCUCACCGCACGCCACUGCUGCACACUGCGCCUUCCAGCUACUUCCGUCUGGGAGGCGUUACAGAACCAUCACCUCCAGAACCACCCGCUUCAAAACCAGUUUCAUUCCCACAGCAAUACACUUCCUGAUUCAUUCCCACAGCAAUACACUUCCUGAACUCCAAACACUGAGGUCUGUUAUGGAUUAGUAUUCCCACAGCAAUACACUUCCUGAACUCCAACCACUGAGGUCUGUUAUGGAUUAGUCAUUCCCACAGCAAUACACUUCCUGAACUCCAACCACUGAGCUCUGUUAUGGAUUAGUCAUUCCCACAGCAAUACACUUCCUGAACUCCAACCACUGAGGUCUGUUAUGGAUUAGUCAUUCCCACAGCAAUACACUUCCUGAACUCCAACCACUGAGCUCUGUUAUGGAUUAGUAUGACUCUUAUGUAUUCAUGUAUCUACUGUAUGUUGUAUGUAUCAUGUAUGAAUGUGUCUGUGUGUUACACUUUAUGUAGCCCAAUGUUGGAGCCUGUACCAAAUGAUGGAGACAAAUUCCAGCAGCCUAGCUGUGUGGUCAUUAUAAUCAAAUCAACCAAAUCAUAUAAAUUCAAAUCAAUUAAUUGUUGACUUAUUUUGACUUUAUUUCUUGUUUCAUUACUUUAUUUUGUACAGCACUUUGGUUAGUAAAAGCUGUGCUACUGAAUGUUCUCUAUAAACACAUUUUACUUAUUUA